AUGACCGUCGUCGACCACUUUCUCUCCUCGAUCUUCCAAUUUCUCAAAGCCAAAGAUGGCGUCCAGCUACGGCUUUGGUUCCAAGUCGAGCCUCCUCUCCCUCAAGAAUAUACCCAACUCAGCCAGGAAUUGAAGGCAUCAUGGAUAGACAGCAAGAAGCUCGAACAGUAUAUCGAGAAUGCCCUGCCCUUCAACGACGACGAUUUGUCGGAGGACGGAGGGGCAUGGCCUGGUUUCCUAGCUUUUAUGCAAAGCUACCUGGAGUUCUGGAGAGACGUUAAAUUCGAGGAUCUGCUGGCGACACAUCUGCAAUUGUCUGCUCUCAUCAUUUCCUGCAAUACGGCAAUGUCAAACGCGACUUAUGGAAUCAUUAUGCUUCCUACAGCAAUGCAACUAUGCAAAGCUUUGGCACAGCUUGCGGUCAUGCUUGACGGAAUGCCACAUUUGACACAGAAAAUGGCCCAAGUCAAGGACGUCGAGGCGGGAGAAAAGAAAACGCUGGUUGAGAGCACGGCUGAGACAAUACAAAGAGCCUUCACACUCUGCCUGAACGAGAGAACACCGAGCAAAAAUGGCAUAGGGAGAGACGGGAAGCCCGAAGGAAAGAAGAUUGGAAUAUACUCGUUCGCAAACAUGGUUCUGAAGUUGCUUUUUAAGCGUCGAGCAAUACUCAUCCAUCUACUGUCCGCCAACAUGAUCCUUGGCCGGUUCCCCUCUCAAGCGUUCGCAAAUCGUCCCGAGGCGGACAUCGUAGCGAAAUUUAUGCCGAUAGCAAAUGCAAUUCGGAAAGGCAAUAUGGUUGCGUUCAAACAUGCGCUGGGGCCUGAAGCUGGGAAUGAGAAAUGGUUCUUUCGCCAUGGCGUCUAUCUGCAGCUUCUCCAUCGAUGUGAGGUCCUGGUCUGGCGUACACUCGCUCGGCGCGUCUUCUUACUCACAUACACUUUUCCGUGGGAUCCAGAUUCGAAGAAAGCUCCGACUUUGAGCUUGGCAGAUAUGGUCGCUGCAACGCAGUUCUGUCAGAAGCUAUUGGAAGGUUGGCGGAGACCCGCUGAUUCCCUGGCCUUCAUGCAAUCAGGGCGAAAACAUGUAAACUCUCAGUUCAUGAAAACACCCGAUUUUGUUCCGCCCCCGGAAGGACCCAAACUUCUACAUGCCGGGCGAGGCAUGAUCUUCGGUAACAAAGUCCCGGACCUGAUCAAUGUUGAAUCUAUUCUUGCAAGUCUGGUUCAGCAAGGCUUGCUGCGCGGCUUCAUCAGCCAUACGCAAGGGAAAUUUGCUAUUAUAGGAUCUAAACAGAAAGGCGGACCUCUACCAGCUGGGUUUCCACCGGUGUGGGAAGUUCUGAAGGCUAGAGCGGAAUCAGAAAACAGGACUGAAGAAUGCCCGGGAUGGGUCCAGAGGGCAAAAGACUUGAACCUGGGAGGGGUGGUGAACCUGGCUGGCGCGAGACCUGCAGGCGAGAACAGCUGA